AUGGGAAACGGCCGAGUCACUUUGACCACUUCCGAGCGUGGCUUCCGCUUUCAGGUACGCACUGUGCUCUGUCCAGCCUGGGACCAGACCGAAAGUGCCGCCGGGGCCGAGCCUCUCGGAAGCCUGGAGGAAGGGGCGGCGCUUCCUUGCGGCACUAAUAGAUGCAGAGCCCAAAUUCACCCCCUGAAGCCGCGGGACAUAAGGGGGUGUCCAGGGAAAAAGCAGCCCAUCACGAAGUCAGGAUGGCUAACUGGUUGGCUUCCCACAUGGUGCCCUUCGUCUACAUCACACCUUAAAGAAGCUGAAGAGAAAAUUUUAAAAUGUGUCCCCUGCACAUACAAAAAAGAACCUGUUCGUAUAUCUAAUGGAAAUAAAAUAUGGACACUGAAGUGUUCUCACGGUAUUUCAAAUAAGACUCCGCUUGUCCUCCUCCACGGUUUUGGAGGAGGUCUUGGACUCUGGGCACUAAAUUUUGGAGAUCUUUGCACCAAUAGACCCGUCUAUGCUUUUGACCUGUUGGGCUUCGGACGAAGUAGCAGACCCAGGUUUGACAACGAUGCGGAAGAAGUAGAGAAUCAGUUUGUGGAAUCGAUCGAAGAGUGGAGAUGUGCCCUGGGAUUGAACAAAGUGAUCUUGCUUGGACACAACCUUGGUGGGUUCUUAGCCACUGCUUACUCACUAAAGUACCCUUCAAGGGUUAGUCAUCUUAUUUUAGUGGAGCCUUGGGGUUUUCCUGAGCGACCAGACCUUGCUGAUCAAGACAGACCAAUUCCAGUUUGGAUCCGAGCCCUGGGGGCAGCACUGACUCCCUUCAACCCUUUAGCCGGCCUCAGGAUUGCAGGACCCUUUGGUUUAAGUCUAGUACAACGUUUAAGGCCUGAUUUCAAACGAAAGUAUUCUUCGAUGUUUGAAGACGAUACUGUGACAGAAUACAUCUACCACUGUAAUGUGCAGACUCCAAGUGGUGAAACAGCGUUCAAGAAUAUGACAAUUCCUUAUGGAUGGGCAAAAAGGCCAAUGCUCCAGCGAAUUGGUAAAAUGCACCCUGACAUUCCAGUUUCGGUGAUCUAUGGCGCCCGAUCCUGCAUAGAUGGCAAUUCUGGCACCAGCAUCCAGUCGUUACGACCACAUUCAUACGUGAAGACAAUAGCCAUUCUUGGGGCAGGGCAUUAUGUGUAUGCAGAUCAACCAGAAGACUUCAACCAAAAAGUAAAGGACAUCUGUGACUCUGUGGACUGAGCACCGUGAAGGCGAUGUGGGAAAACCAGCCGCCUGAUGGCUCCCUCAGCAGUAAUUCAGUCUGCGAAGAAGAGUAAGGAAUACGAGAGAACCAGGCAGUCUUCUGACUGUACUUUGCACAUGAGUCUUUUAUGGAGCUGCUUGCACAUCUAAACCAGUUAGUACCUUCUAGAAGAAUGCCUUUCCUUUCUCCUGCACAAAGUUGAAAUAUGCAAGUCUCUGAAUCUAACAGCUUUAAUAAAAGGUGGUUUGUCCCUCUGCUGUAUUGAAAAAUGGUAAUUUUUCAACUGAAAUUUUUUUCGUUUCUAACUAUGCUAUGUCAGGUACUUUUUAUAUUUCAAUCUAUAUUGCCUAUUUUAAAAAUGAUUUCUAAAUAUUUUAUAUACUGUAAGGUGCACUUUAUUUUCUCUGUCUACUUGUAUUUACUAUGUCUAAUAACUGAUACAGUGCAUCAAAAUUCAGUGUGUUUUUAUGUAAAAAUUUGUCACUUGUUUAGCAUACUUCACUUCGUUUUUGAAAUGGAAUAAUGGGACAGCAUUUUGGUGAAAAAGAUAGGAAUCGAUCACUAGCGUUAAUUUUUCUGAUUUUCCUCUGUUCUCUACUUAAGGCUGCAAAGCCAUGUGAUCCAUCCUGGCAUCUCUGCAACAACUCCUUGGAAUCCUCCUUCGUGUGAUAUAAUUCUCUACUUCCAGAGAAACAUGGCAUCAGUACUCAAGUAAUUCAAGUACUGAAAAGCCUUAACUAAGAGUUUAUCCUCCCCCCGCCCCACCCCACUCCAUUAAUACUCUUUUCUGUGAGCCGGGAUGCAACAAAAGGAACGGAUUUUCUCACUGAGGUUAUAUUAAGAUUGUUACCUUCCAGUACGCCAAAUCACUUAUUUUCGUUAACAGCUAACUUUCGUAGAUGGGUGCUAAAACUGGAUUAUAUUUUUACCACAUAAAAAUAGGUGCUGCUAUUAUGUCUCACAGCACCAGAAAUGGGCUUGCACUGUUUUAUUUUUUUUUUAAGAGUUUUGCGUUGAUUAAAUAAUUUACAUGCUAGAAGUUAUAUUACAGAAAUUCUAUAAAGUUGAUUAACCUAUUUGACAAUAACUACCAUCAAAUGUAGUAUCUUCUUGCUGUUUUAAAAUGAGGAAAACAUUGAAGCUGAAAAAGCUCCAUGUUUAGGUAACUGGCUACUGAGAAGACCUUCUGAAAAAGAAAAUUGAAUAGGAUUGUCACCAACAAGGUGUUUUUGCCUUAUGUUUCGUUAAUGUUGCUUGUCUAGGAGAAAGCUGGUUAAGUAAAUAAAAACAGUGAACCUAGAGCAAA